AUCGUACAGUAGCUCCAGUGACCCGCCGGUUGACCAAUCAUUAACAGGCAGCUCUAUGGGCGGGAGAUUUGGGCCAUGAUUCACCGCCUCUCCCAAUUUGUUGCAUGAGCCCUGUGGCUCAAUGCAGCUCCUGGUAGGUCCAGCCCUGCACUUAGCUUCCCAUAAUCAAGGUGGCAGGAGAGAAAAGAGAAGUGAUAUUUUCCUCCCUGGGUGUUAUUUCUCUCUGUGUCUCAGCUGGUGCCUGCAUGAGGCACAGACAAGGCAGCCAUGACAGUCUCCUACACCUUGAAAGUGGCCAAUGCUCGCUUUGGGGGCUUCUCCAAGCUACUUUUUCGUUGGAAAGGGAGCAUCUACAAGCUGCUCUACAAGGAGUUCAUUGUCUUCGUCUUGCUUUACGGAACACUAAGUGUCAUCUACCGGCACCUUCUGAAUGUGGAUCAGAAACGUCUCUUUGCAAAGGUGGCUGAAUACUGCAACCGCUCAACUGACCUCAUCCCUCUGUCCUUCGUCCUAGGUUUCUAUGUCACACUGAUUGUGAACCGCUGGUGGGCGCAGUAUACCAGCAUCCCUCUGCCAGACCAGCUCAUGUGCGUCAUUUCCAGCAAUGUGCAUGGGAAAGAUGACAAGGGCCGCAUCUUGCGCCGCACUCUCAUCCGUUACGCCAACCUCUCCUCUGUGCUCAUCCUGCGCUCCGUCAGUGCUAGAGUCCUUAAGAGAUUCCCCACUAUGGACCACUUAGUUGAAGCUGGUUUCAUGACACAAGAUGAGCGCAAGAAGUAUGAGAGUCACCACUCAGACUUCAACAAGUAUUGGAUUCCUUGUGUGUGGUUCACUAAUCUAGCAGCCCAAGCCAGGCGGGAAGGAAGGAUCCGGGAUGACGUGGCGCUCAGAUUGCUCAUAGAUGAACUGAACCUCUACCGCUCCAAAUGCAGCAUGCUUUUCCACUAUGACUGGAUAAGCAUCCCUUUGGUAUACACACAGGUGGUCACCAUCGCUGUCUAUUCCUUCUUUGCUUUGUGUGUGAUUGGGCGUCAGUUCCUACAACCUGUGGACCCAAGUCAAAACAAAACAAUGACAAAAAAAGAUGAGGACCUAGAUCUGUAUGUUCCCUUACCCACUCUUCUACAGUUCUUCUUCUAUGCUGGUUGGCUGAAGGUGGCAGAGCAGAUAAUUAAUCCCUUCGGAGAGGAUGACGAUGACUUUGAAACUAACAAAUUGAUAGACAGGAACCUUCAAGUGUCUUUGCUUUCAGUGGAUGACAUGUAUCAGAACUUACCACCAACUGGAAAAGACAAAUACUGGAAUGAAUCUACAGCUCAGCCCCCGUACACAAUGGCCACAGUGGCAGAGACCUUGAAACCUUCCUUCAUGGGUUCUACCUUUGACAUGCGGAUGAGUGAUGACCCAGAGCAGAGCCAGCAGGUGGAAGCAUCACCCAGCAUGAGCCGCAUUCAGACUCCCCUGCUCAACCGCUUCCUCACUGCAGCUGCCUCUCCUGCAGUCAGCCUCAAAAAUUUUGGCAAGGGCAGUCGGAUUCAGCAUCCCCAGCUACUGCGCCUAAGGACUGAGGGCACUUUCCCCUCUUCCAGCCCCAGCUUCUAUCGCAGGGAAGAUCCUGAAGCAGUUGGUCGCAUUGACGAAGAAGACAUGGAAGAUGAAGAGACCAGACUUAGUGAAACCUCCUCCCCUGGCUCCCACCUCAAAGUCCCCCAUAAGAACACAAACGCUGAGAAUCUGAGAAAAGAGCUGCCCAGCAUUACAGUGGUGGAGCCCCCAGAUGAGAUCAGUAUCAGUGACCAACCAUCUAACUAAGGCCCAAUCCUUUUAAGGCAGAAUUUAGGACUAAUGUCCCACUCAAGUCACACAGGUCCAGUAUAUACAAGAGAAACUUGCCCUAUCUAAACAUGCAUACAUCAAGGGAUAAAAACACUAAUGCCAAAGAUUUGCAGCUGCCCAUUCUCAUAUUGAAAGCCAC